AUAAAGCAGAUGGUGUCACCUCCAAAGAGAUUGUUCCUCUCACUUCCACUGACCAACCGAGCUUCGCUUCCAACGAUCAACAACCGAGCUUCGCUUCCACCGAUCCAAGCGUUCCAGUUUCAGAACCGAGCCUGGUUGUAUUGGACAAAACAGCUCCCACUGCUUCUGUGCGUGCAAGGAGUGAACGAACGAAGAAACCUGCUCCCACGCAGAUAUCUCCUUAUACGGCAGAGAGAAGGAAACUCCUUAGAGUGGGAAAGUAUAAUCCAUUUCCCACACUAAACAGACCUAAGAUGAAGGAGCUCGCUGAUUGGUUGAAAACUGAUCCUGAUUAUUUCACUAAGCAAGAGGACAAACCACGUACAUCACCAACUUGGUGGUAUCAAAAACUCCGGACACCCAAAGCAUGGCUGGAAGACGUACAUAUAGAUGCUUGGAUGAAUGUGCUGAGGCAGAGGUAUCAGGAGAACCCACAAGCUUUCCGGAGCGAGCGAAUGUGCUUCCUGGAUCACAACUUUUCCCAGUCUUGGAGAGACCAGUAUCUGUUCUUCAAAGCAUCGUCGUCUGAUCACAAUGGUUUAGGAAGAAUGCUACCUAGUGGGGCGGCGAGUUUGUAUGACGGAUCAUUGCCUUCAUUUUGCCAAUCAAACAAGAAGUGGGGGGAGGACAUUGAUGAUAUCUAUGCGCCACUGAACUUGGACAACAAACAUUGGGUUGCUAUUUGGAUAUCGAUCCCUAAGAGGCACAUAGUCGUCUAGGACAGCAUACCUUCAUCUACCAUACCAGAA